CGGGCAUGGGCGCCGCCGCCGCGGUCGGUUCCCCGGCCGGAUUCCGCGCGCGGGGCCUCUGAGGCGCUCAGCUGCCAGGGUCCGCGGGAGGCCGCGCCAUGAAUGACCGGAACAGCCGGAGGAGGACACUGAAGAAGGACGAUGAGGCCUUGGAGAUCUCUAUCCCCUUCGAGGAGACGCCCCACCUAGACCCACAGCUCUUUUACAGCCUGAGCCCCUCUCGGGGAAACUUCGAGGAGCCUCCGGAGGCUGCGUCCCCAACCGUGGCCCUGAUGAAUGGUGUCAGGGCCCAGCUGCACAUGGCCCUGGAGCGGAACUCAUGGCUGCAGAAACGCAUUGAGGACCUGGAGGAGGAGCGGGACUUCCUGCGAUGUCAGCUGGACAAGUUCAUCUCUUCUGCGCGGAUGGAUGCAGAGGACCACUGCCGGGUGAAGUCUGGGCCCCGGCGGGCUGAGGGUGACGGCCGGGGUGGGGCUGCAGGGGAUGCCUCAGACCCCGAGUCAGCUGCCUCCUCGUUGAGCGGAGUGUCUGAAGAAGGCAGUAAUGUGGAGAGGAAGAGACAGAAGCAGAAGGGAGGCGCUGGCCGGAGGCGCUUCGGGAAGCCCAAGGCCCGGGAAAGGCAGCGGGUGAAGGACGCGGACGGCGUCCUCUGCCGCUACAAGAAGAUCCUGGGCACCUUCCAGAAGCUGAAGAGCAUGUCGCGGGCCUUCGAGCACCACCGCGUGGACCGCAACACGGUGGCGCUAACCACGCCCAUCGCGGAGCUUCUCAUCGUGGCACCGGAGAAGCUGGCGGAGGUGGGCGAGUUCGACCCCUCCAAGGAGCGUCUGCUGGAGUACUCGCGCCGCUGCUUCUUGGCCCUGGACGACGAGACUCUCAAGAAGGUGCAGGCCCUCAAGAAGAGCAAGCUGCUGCUCCCCAUCACCUACCGCUUCAAGCGGUGAUUUGCCCCCGCUGGCCCAGGCCAUGGCCUCCGACCCCCACUUCCCUCCCCUCCAGCCCACCUGGCACACGGCUUGUGUGUGCAUGAGUGGAGUGACCCUCUCCAAGGUCUGGGGAGGGCAGCGUGCUUCUGCGUGUGCCUGUCUCCCCCACCUACGUACCCCAACUCCCACCCCAGGUCCCUUGUAUAUAGAUCUGCACUCUUUGCUUCCCACAUUCCCAGCAUCCUCUCCAUUCCCAGGGUUGGGGGUGUG